AUCGUCCUUUCCCCUUGUCCUGCUAUCAAUUGAACUAAUCAAGUAUGUCACUACCAUUUCGAUUCCUCUUAACCAUAUUCAUCCCCUCCCUUUUCAUCGUUUCCGUCUCCGCCACACUUCUUGGUUGCGAUGACUUCAAGAACUUGGUAACAGCUGAAAUACAUCCAGUGGCUCAAGUAUUUGCGAGAGCAAUGCUGGUUAAGGAAUACACCAUUGCCCACAACAAAGUCAGGUUAAUCUUGGGCAUGAAACCCCUAACAUGGAACAAAACCUUGGAAGAUUACGCUCGUCGCUGGGCCGAACAGCGGAUUGAAGAUUGUGAGUUGAUCCAUUCUCCUCAUAGUCCCUACGGCGAGAACAUUUUCUGGAGCUUGAAACAAUGGACUCCUGCGGAAAUCGUCAAGGUUUGGGCCGAUGAAUACGUGUAUUACGAUGAGAAAACAAAUGAAUGCAUCAACGGCCAAAUUUGCGGCCAUUAUACGCAGCUUAUAUGGAAGAGCACCCAACAGUUUGGGUGUGCGCACGUUGAGUGCAAGAAUAAUAAAGGCUAUUUCGAUAUUUGCUCUUAUGAUCCGCCGGGGAAUUAUUACUAUGAGGGUCCAUUCGGUGGCAAAUUUGCCAAAUCUAUUGUGUAUCCUAAAUGCGAUUCAACUCCAUAUGAUCGCUUAUUAAUAUAAUUAAUAUAUUUCUAUGUUUUGAUUCUUUUAAUUCCAGCCAUGCGUCUUGCUGGCUCAUCGUCUAGCAAGUUUUUUCAUUUUUCUUUGCUGGAAUUUACUUUGUACUUUUUUUUUUCAAUAAAUUUUACCUACUAUCCAUCAAGUUAGAUGGUCAUAUUACAUAAUUCUUUAACUUCAAUUUGUAUUUCAAAUAUUUUAUAAUUUUAUUUUGAAUAAUCCAUUCCUAUCAAG